UUCAUCUCCUCCCCAAUUAUAAACGUCUGCACCACCGCCGUGUGAGAGACUGUUAGGGUAUUGAAAAUGGCUUCUUCAUCUCUUAAUCAACAAGAAGAAGAUACAUAUGUCAAACACGGUUUGUCAUAUGUGAAGAUCUACAAGAACAAGAAGUGUGAUGAGGGUUUUACUAAUGAUCAUCACCAUAACAGUCCACAUCCACCUUCUAUUCAUCAUACCAGUGAAGAAGAACGACCUCCGUAUGUAAUUGUUGUUCACGGACCCCCCAAGGUUGGAAAAACCCUAUUAAUCAAGUGUUUAGAGGAUCACUUUAGCAGGAGAAAUGUGGCAGGCCCCAGUAGAUGUUUUUUAUUAGGUGACAAGAGACGGAUACAGUUUGUGGAGUGUCCCAAUAAUGUCAAUGGCAUGAUUGAUGCUGCAAAGUAUGCCGAUGCUGUGAUGUUCCUCAUUGAUGCGGGUUAUGGGUUUGAAAUGGAAACAUUCGAGUUCCUCGAACUCUUAAAAGUUCACGGCAUGCCCAAGGUUAUGGGGGUGCUUACAUAUCUUGAUAGCUUCAAGGAUGAAGAUGUGCUAGCAAAGACUCGGCAAAACCUCUUGGACCAGUUCCAGACUAACAUACACAAUGGAGCAAAAGCGUUCUGCUUAUCCGGUCGUCAUAAUGCGAUGUAUUUGGAGCACGAAAUUAGCGAGCUGGCAAGCUUCUUAUCGACAAUGGAAUUCCAUCCUUUGUCAUGGCGAGCUGCACGUCCUUAUAUGCUGGUAGAUCUUUUUGAAGAUGUCACUCCUCUUGAGAAAGUGCAAAUGGAUAAAGAAUGCCCAAGAGACAUUAUGUUGGAAGGAUACCUUCGAGGAUGUGACAUCGAGAAUGGAUCUAAGGUGCAUAUUGCUGGUGUUGGUGAUUUUCCUUUAGCUAGCGUUACAAGCUUAACUGAUCCUUUCGCGUUGCCGUCUGUUGAUACCAAUAAUCUGAAGACAAACACAGACGAGGUCAGCGAUUUUGACGAGCUUUCUAACAUGCAGAUCGAGUGCUUCAGAGCAGGGACAUAUUUAAGGUUUGAGUUCCAUGACGUUCCAUUUGAGAUGGUUAAAAAUCAUGAUCCCUGUCAGCCUAUUCUUGUUGGAGGCAUCACUGUUGAGGAAGCAAAAGUUGGAUAUAUGCAGGUGAAACUUGAGCCACAUAGUUGGCAUAUGAAGUUAUUGAAGUCAAAGGACCCUAUCAUUGUUUCAGUUGGUUGGAGGCGGUACCAGACAAGGCCUAUUUAUACGCUGGAAGAUUGCCAUGGCAGAAAUCGAGUGCUGAAAUACACCCUGGAAGACAUGCCCUGUCUUGCAACGUUUUGGGGCCCUCUUGCACCUACCGGUACUGAACUUGCUGUUGUACAAAGUCUGGCAGAUAACAAGGCUGCAUUUCGGAUUUUAGCAAAGGCUCCUGUUCUUGAAUUUAACCAUGACAUAAAGAUAGUGAAGAAGCGCAAGCGGAUAGGAACUCCAUAUAAGAUAUUCAAGAAAACUGCUCUUAUAAAGGAUAUGUUCACAUCGGAUCUCGAAAUUGCUAAUUUCAAGGAUGCAAAAAUUCAGACUGCACGAGGAAUAUCUGGGAUGGUUGAUAAGCCUGCGGGGAAAAGUCUUACUCAUGGACUAGAAGGGAUUGCAAAAUGCACAUUUAAGCAUAAAAUUCGCAAGCGUGAUACCGUUUUCAUGCAUGUAUAUGAACAAGUUGAGGUUCCUCGCUUCUUCAACCCAAUAAUGAGAGGUCCAGAACCACCUGACCGUAUUUGGCAUUCUGUUGUUGAUACUUAUGAGCUUACUCGAGCUAGUGAUCUCUGUGUGCCUGCUAACUUGGAAUCUUACUACAAGAGGGAAAUCAAUCCCUUCCAUACCAGGGAUCUCGAAUUCUAUUCGAGGUGGCCACGUUUGAUGGUGGCACUAAGGCGUGCGACUUCGGAGGAAGACAAGCUAUCUAUAAAGCGCCAGAUUGAAGACUUCGAGAUUGUGCGCGAUGAGAGACGGAGAGAAAGGGAAUUAGAGGCCACUGCUCCAAGGCGCCAGACGGUUGAACAAGUUCGUGCUGUGCGUUUUAUUGAGAAACCGAAGGAUACCGAGAAACGGUUGGCAUUGAUGUCAGACGAAUCGUUGAGGCACUUAAGUGAAGGCUUGGUAAAGAAAUUCAUAGAAUAUGAGAAACAAAAACAGAAAGAGAAAGAGAGGCAUCAACUAUUACAGUGAUCAUCUGUAUAGUAUAAUAAUGGAAUUAGGAUGGCUAGCUCUAACUUGUUGGUUGACAUCUCUUAUCAACACUGCUAUUAACCUAUGAUUUCGUUUAUA